AUGGACAAUGAGCAUCGUGUUAAUAGAAAGUCAGAACCAGUUUACGACAUGGCUGUGAUUGAAACUCUACUUGUAGACCAAAGGCCUUCUGGCGAGCUCGUUCACGCUUCCAUGACAUUGAAAUGUCGCCCGAUCUUGAUAUUUCCGCCAGAGUCGGAGCCAUACGACAAUACUAUGGUCUUUGACGAUACCACAAAAUGGGACCUGGAUGAUCUAGGUUGCGAGGCCAGUCUGGUUGUCCUUCGCCACUGCUGCUACGGAUCAGUGGGAGAAGGAUAUGUACAGGCCAUCUUAAUUACACCAAGCCGGACUCAAAGCGGGAGCUACGAACGCGUCGGUUCUUUUGCCAUCGAGUCAGACUCUAGAAUGCUCAUCUAUACAGAUUUCGAUAAGAAGACGCCCAUAUUGCGUAGUAUUCUUGACGGAUACCAUAAAACACAAGAAACAACGAUCGACCUCAUAUGA